AUGGAAGAAAAUAUUAUUCCUGAAAGCCAGAAUAUCAUUGCUGCACAAAAUGGCCCAAAGAUAGAAACCACAAACAACAACGCUUGAAAAGACGAGAAACGCUGUGCAGUCUGCAAUAGCAAAUUUAAUAGAGUAGGAAUUCCAAUGCAAAAAAAUUGCUGCUCGUUUUGCUUUAGGGCUGUAUGCUCGAAAUGCUCUGAAAAUCAUAUAAAAGAUCAGGCAACAAAUGAAAAGAAAAAAAUAUGUGACAGGUGCUUUGACAGCAAAAUGGAAAGCGUAGAUGCGAACUAUUUGACACAAGAAGUACAGACAAAAUCUCUUAUUUUGGGAAAUAAUGAAAAACAGCUGCAUGAAGGGGCAAAAAUGCUAAUGCAAGAAAAACAUCAUAGAGAAGAAGCUGAAAAAAAGGCAGCUGAAUGGGAAAGGAAAAUAAUUGAACAAGAAGAAGAUGAAAUUUUACUUAGAAAGCAGCUUGAGGAAAUAAAAUCUAAAAUCGCAGAGGUAAAAUCUCUAAAAAAGCAAAACAAAUCAGAGGUAAAUGAUUUAAAAUCAAAAAUAAAAGAAAAAGUUGAAACAAGAGAGCAAUUAGAACAAAAAAUUACAGAACAAAACGAAGAAAUCAGCAACACACAAAAAAAUAUUGAAGAAACUAAACAAGCUAUUAGUAAUAAAGAAGAGUCCAUAACAAAUCUUAAAAAAGAACUGGAAAAUAAAGAAGAGUUCGCAAAAGAAGCAGAAAAAAUCAAACAAGCCAAAGGCGAAGAAGUAAAAGCCCUUAAAAAACAAAACCAAGAAAAAGCUAUAGAAAUUCUAAAAGCAAAAGAGAUGGUCGAUUUUCAAAUUUCUGACAUAAAAAAACUUAAAGAAAAUCUAUCAGUUCUUAAUAAUAAUGGAGAAAAGCUAGAAGAAUCCUUAAAAGAGCAAAACCACAUCGUCAAUGAAUUAACCGCAACUAUUCAAGAGCUUAAUUUAAGAGGCAAAAAAGCUCAGGAGUUAUUGGAAAAAAGAAAAGCAAAGAAAAAAGAAUUAAAAUCAAAAAUCCAGGAACUGAAAACUUCUGAGGAAAUAAAAAUUGAAGAAAAUAAAAAAUCAGAACUUGAUGCACAAAAAAUAAUGGAAGAUAUAGCGAAAAAUAGAAAAGAAAUAGAAAUAAAGCAAAAAGAAAUAUUAGAAAUUAGAGAAAUUAUGAGACAAAAUGAGCUUGCUAAAAAAUCAAGUCAGGAGCCUUUAGAAAAUAACCCUUGCAGCAAUUGUUCAGUAUUUUAA